CUACACCUGAUUUUGAAUUUCAUGCUUUCGCCUAGACCACUAGCUACUAGUGCUCCGAUAUUAUAACUUAUGGAACCUCCGAUUGUUGCUCACAUGAAUCCAUCAGAACCAAAGAACAAACAGAAUCCGUGGUCAUUCAACCACCGUACUCGAGCUCAUUAUGCAUUCGACUCUGGAUCUGACUCUGAAUCCGAGGCCGAAGUUAACUCUCAAGUCAAUAUUCCUUCUGACGAUACUAGAUUCAUUCAAGACCUCGAUAUCUCUUUGCGGCAUGAGACUGUGGAGUACAAGCCCAACCCAUGGAGUAUUGCGCGUAUCAAUGCUGUCAGUCGUCCCCCGAAUAAGGAACCCCCCAAGCAGGCGAUCUCAGAGGACAUACGACAAAAACCACAGCCACGGGCACCACGGGGUCGAAUUGUGGAUGCAUUCAAAGUUCAGGCAGAGCGCAAGUUGCGUCGCGUACCCCCUCCUUUGAAGGCACCCAAGGUUACAAAGCCCAAGUCGAAUAUGCCUCAGGUCUCUCGGGAGCACCAAGUUUGUUCACAAAUCCGGAGGAUGAGUAGCCCUGAACCAGGGGACUACUCGCAGCACGAUAAUGCAUCGUCUCUCGCCAGUGGGUUCCAAACCAGACCUUCGGACAUGCCUGCUACCUUGUUGUCCAACGCUCCCCAGGGGGACUUCCACGAUCUGCGAGUUCAACCUCAUCCGGAUGUCCCAAUAUUACCCUGCACUACAUAUAGCGAGCGCGGCAACAUUCAAAUGAAUCAUGAACGAAGCGAAGCGCAUAUAUCCACCCCCGAUAUGAGUCUGUUGCCACAAUCGCAAUAUAACAUGCGAUUCAUGUCUAUGUCAUCUCCGCUUAGCAGCCGCGACUAUCGAGUGAAUGCUUCACACCUUCGACAAGGAGGUUAUCAAUCUUCCCCGCCAAGACCUUAUCAUAGAAGUAUCAAUACUCCCCCGAGAGUGCUUCCGUGUAACCAAUCCUCCUCACAAUUUCGCCGUGGCAUACAUCUUACUGGUAAUCAGCGUUUUCAAGCGUUGUCUGCAUUGCCCGUUCCCCAGGUUCCAGCGGCGGGGUCCUACCGCACAUUGCCACCUGCGAUGGUUGAAGUAGAGCCUCCGUCAAUGCCGCAGUGGCUGGCCUCCACCAUUCACAGCUCCCUCAACCCUCCACUAGCUCAAGCAGAAUUUAUCGAGAGAGUUUCAAGCCCGGAGCAAAACCAUAACGAUCUUAUGUCACUAGAGUCCAGGAAGCGUCCAUACCGAUCACCAACGCCAUCUCCACUGCCACAACGUGCCAAAAAGUCUACGCCGAAACGUAAAAUUGCGGCCUCGUCAGUUUCACUUGGUGAUCACCAAACUUCUGUAUACACGUUCGAUAACGAUCCUGACGCUAACUGGAGCACGGUCACGAAACCAGGGAAGAAAAAGAGUAAGAAUUAUAAGCCUAGUCACAUAUCGUCAUCAGGACCGUUCAGUCUCCGUCUUCCUGGUAUUGCUGUCGGAAAUUCGAGGGGCCGGAGUACAGGCGUGACACGGACAGAGAAGAAGCUUGGCACUCAAACAAAGAGACGUGUUAUCACGUACCUCCCACCACCACUACCACAGCGCACCGUAGCACGAAUCGAAAAUUCGCUCCAGAUCGAGGAACACUACGUCCCCGAUAACAACGCGCUCCCCUCUGGGUCCACGCCAGCUGUUCAGCCACCACAAGAGAGCGGUCGCGUAUCUCCUCUACCACUCGCCGACUCUGAUGAUUUGACAUUAGUGGAUGGAGUGGACGAGCAAGUGGUCACAUUUGAUACUGGAGAGGUGAAGGCGCGGUAUCCCAAAAUUCGCAAGCUCAUCAAAGAGACUCGCGUUAUGCUUCCGGAGCUGCUGGGUCUUCCGAGUUGUGGGGUUGUAUGGCGGGACGAUGAUGUUGCACGAGUGGACGACACCGAGAAUAGAGAAAUCAAGAUAAGCGUUUGGCCUUGCGUUGGAUGA